CUGAUCUUUGUAAGCUGCCCGAUUCGUUAUCUUGUGUUCCUUUAGGUUUGAUCCCAUUGGAUUAUCAUGUUCUCUUUAAUACUCUAUGGAAGAAAGUCACUGGAGUUGCAGAAAUGGCGUCACUUUAUAUUUUCAGUGAGCCUUUUUAAAAAAGCAUCCAAUUCCUUCUCCUCUGCAAGUGCUAAUGUGAGCUCACGAGAUGUACGAAAAGGUAAUAACUUUACGGUGUCUUACCUCGUCGAAUCUCUGGCCUUAACUCCAAAACUGGCGGAAUCGAUCUUGAGGAAAGUGGGUUGCGAGGACAAGGGCAAUCUUGAUUCUGUUCUGUCUCUUUUCAGGAGUCAUGGGUUUACAGAUCCUCAGCUUUCAAGCAUAGUUACGGAUUACCCACAAGUGCUUAUAGCAGAUGCUGAGAGAUCUCUAGCUCCCAAGUUUCAGUUUUUAAAGUCAAGAGGAGCUUCAACCUCUGAGCUCACUGAGAUUCUUUCCAAAGUCCCAAGAAUCUUGAGAAUCAAAAAGGACAAAGCUUUCAGCAUCUACUAUGAUUUCGUCAAAGAGGUUAUAGAAGCUGAUAAGAGUUUCAUCAAGUUACCUCAGUUUUCUUUGCAAGAGGGUAGUAGGCAAGAGAACAAACUCAGAAACAUAUUGGUUUUGAGAGAUUUGGGUGUGCCUCAGAAGUUUCUGUUCUAUCUGCUCCUCUCCAACUUCCAGAAUGUAUGUGGUAAAGAAAGAUUCGAAGAAACCCUCAAGAAGGUGCUUGAGAUAGGGUUCGAUCCCACCACCUUCAAGUUUGUGCAAGCCCUCUACCUGCUUUACCAGAUGAGUGAUAAAACAAGACAAGAAAAGCUCAGUUUCUAUAAAAGGUUAUUAGGCUUUGCUGUGGAUGAAGUAUGGGCAAUGUUCAAGAAGAAUCCAAGCUUUCUGAUGCUCUCCGAGAAGAAUGUAUUGAGCUCCAUUGAAGCAUUUCUAGGCCAGGGAUUCAGCAGAGAUGAGUUAAAGAAGAUGGUCAAGUGCCAUCCUCAGUGUCUUAAUUACAAUGCAGAGAUGUUGAAGAAGAAGAUUGAGGUUCUGGUGAAAGAUAUGAAUUGGAAAGUCAAGGCUGUAGUCUCGAACCCUUCAGUACUUGAUUACAGUUUGGAGAAGAGGACUAUUCCAAGGUGUAAUGUUAUCAAAGCUCUCAUGUCCGAAGGAUUGCUUGGAACUGAACUCCCUUCAAUUGGGUCUGUUUUGGUCUGUACCAAUGAGAUGUUUUUAAACAAGUAUGUGAUGAAGCAUGAUGGUGAUAAGAAGCUUGUGGCUAAGUUGAUGGCUAUCUUCACAGGUGGUCAUGUUUCCUAGAUCAGAAGGGUUGUCAAGGAUUAAGCUUUUAUUUUAUGAAUAGCCUGAAAAUUCAAGAUCUCAGAAGCCUUAAACUUUGAGGCAAUGCAAGAGAUUACAUUCUAAUUCUAAGCUUUUGUGAUCUCAGCCUGAUCCAGUCCCACUUAGAAAAAACUUAAAAGCUGUGAUUCUGAAUCCCUUCUCUGAUUUUGAAAUUUAGAGCUCUUAGUCUUAAUUCAUAUUACAGGCGUGGGAAUGAAGGGUUGUUUGAGCAACAUACAUUCUCUGUCUCUCUCUCUUUCCUUGGCAUAUACUUGAAGCAAAAAAUCUCUUCUCUUUUGCGGCCCUGCAAGUGAGCUCACUCUCAGAGACCAGUUUCUAGGAAAAAUAUGUUCUCUUGAUUGAAGUAUCACUGCACGAACCUUUCUUAGAGUUGGUGGACUGUACAGAUGAAUUGUUUUCAGGUAACAAAUGUUUU